AUGUCGGAUACUUCGUCGACGUCCGCGAAUGCCGGACACUCGGCGCCUGAGAGGAAAGAGUCCAACACGACCAAACCUCCGACGGUAGCCGCCUUUUCACCCACCUCACACUCGUUCCCUUCGACUCGACAGCGCUCGACUAUUCUCGUACACCAAAAGUCACCACUUCUGCUAGCGACCCCUCCACAGGUGACAAGAGCUUUGGCAUAUUCACAUCCGUUCAUUGUGCCCUUGAACAAGCUUGUUGGGCUUCUGUCAUGGACGACUGGGGACGCUUGGGAGAGCUUCCUCUUUGUGGCUGCCUUCUGGUUCACCGUCUUGUAUGGCGGUUACAUACUACGCUACAUGGGACCUCUGAUCUUGGUUACCUUCCUUAUAGUGGGCAUGUACCUUCGAAGGUAUUCUCCACUGUCGUCAACAGGCUGGACUGGAGAGAAAAAAAAGGGACAUAGAAGGGACAACUCAGAUGGCAUCAAGCAUCGCAAGUCUUUGGACGAGAUUCUGUCAACUCUACAGACUUUUACGACAAGGUGCAAUAUUCUGCUCGACCCACUGCUUCGCUUGACAGACUUCUUGUCAACUCAGCAGACGGCAACUUCAGCCACAACGCAACCCGCCCUUACGACUCUUUUCAUCCGAAUCAUGCUCACAUCGCCUCUGUGGUGGGCUCUGACCCUUCCUCCUCUCCGUAUCAUUACCACAAAACGAAUCGUCCUUGUCGCCGGUACAAUAUUUCUGUCAUGGCAUUCACGUCCUGCACGUAUCAGUCGUACCAUCCUCUGGCGUUCAAAGACUGUACGCGAGAUCUGCACCAUAAUCACCGGCCUCGAUCUUGGUGUACCAUCUGCCUCAGUACCACCACUACCUCCACGGCCAGGAACAAAAGGUGUUGUCAAUGUGAAUGCGAAGCCAAACACCGAGUCUGGCGAAGGCAUUCGCUUCACCUUUACCUUGUACGAAAACCAACGAAGAUGGCUGGGCAUAGGCUGGACCGCAAGCAUGUUGGCCUACGAACGCAAUUCUUGGACCGAUGAACACCUGAAUCCGACAUCUGAUCCUACGCACUUCGAGUUGCCUNNGGAAGUAGAAGGUGGUAUGGCAAAGUGGCAAUGGGUUGACGACAGUGAAUGGCAUGUCGAGUUGCCCUCUUCCAGGAAGGGUAAGGCCAAAGACGCCGCUAUCGACGACGAAGACGCAUGGAUCUACUACGACAACAAAUGGCGAGAUGGCAGGCGAGGACAAGACGGUUGGGGCCGCUACACCCGACGCAGGAAAUGGCUGCGCGAUGCUGAGCUCAUCGAUGUUGUCCCAGAAGAAGAGAAACCCGCGCCCACACCAGCUCCUCAAACGACUGAGAAGCCGAAACCACCACCCACACCUCCACGUCCUACACCUUCCCGCAACCACAGCAGCAAUCUCUCCCAAGCGCUCAAAAUGCACCACCACACGCCCACACACCAUCCNAUGACGACCGCCUCGACCAUCACCACAAGCAGUGAUAUUGGCAGCCCGUCAAGUAGUUAUAAGCGCAGAUCGUGGUUGCCUGGUUCUGCGGGAAGCAGACCCAGAACCACUAGCAGUGCGUCUGGGAGUACAGAAGGGAGAAAGAGUAGGGCGGCGAUGGACCAUGAUGAUGUGGUACCUCCAGUCACAAGGCUGAAGAAUGAAGAGGCAGAUUGGGGACUAGGUGAUGAUGUUAGUAUGGGGCUGGGAUGA